AUGACAUCUCCUACAACUCACUUCAACUUGUCAACUUUCGAUUCUCCUUAUAAUCUUUCCGUUUUUCAAAAUCAACUUACUCAGCAACAAAAAUUCCAACAACAACAAUAUAAUCAAGUCGUAGAAGCAAUAACAUCGAAUACCUUCGCUAAUAUAACUCCCCCCUUUCUUGCUUCAACGUCUCAACAACAGCGUCAACAACACGCCGCAGUAUCCGCCGCAGCGGCUCAAUUUGCUUACGUUCAACAGCAGCAACAAAUUCAACAACCUUCGUACAUUUAUAAUACGACUGCUUAUCCAUCACCUCCUUUGGACUGUAACCCCUCUCCUACUUAUCCACCAAGUACUAUGGAUCGCCGGACAAGUUUAAACACCGGGCUCGUGCCUAGCAUUCACCAUCAACCUUUGUCUAAUCAUGGAAAGGUCGUACACCAAUUAUCACCUUCGGUUGAUGGAGGUUCAUCGGAUGGUACCGCUGAAUCAUGGAGAACUUCUGUGGUCAUGAGCGCCGCUCAAGACAAUAAUGGAACCCCUUUCCCAUUUGGUUCGUACACAACGAAACCAAAAGGUUAUGAUGAGAGAACGUUGGAUCCCACCUUUUUCACUGAUCAUUCAAUGAAAAUGCCUUCAAGUCAUAAUUCGGCUGCCCCGAUGGGAUAUUUUGGACAGCCCCCAGUUAGUUACGAUCGUAAUGGUAUGCCUCAUUUUGCCACACCACAAGAUUAUCCAAUCACAAUGGCAGGUUUGGCAAAUCCAAAUGGAAAUUCAAGAAAUGCAUCUCAAUUUCAAAAUCCACAAAGACCUCGACCUGUUACACCACAAGAUAUGAUGACAACUUUUAGUUCAAAGACCGUUUCAUCCACACCAAAAAGGUACAAGUGUAAUGUCUGUCAAAAGAGGUUCACCAGACCAAGUUCGUUGCAAACACAUACAUACAGUCACACCGGGGAAAAACCAUUCAAAUGUCCGGUUGAGGGUUGCGGUCGUCAUUUUUCUGUCGUAAGUAAUCUUCGCCGUCAUCAAAAAAUUCACACCAAAUAA